AUGUCGGGCGCCGCCGAUAUGCCCCCCGAUGAGAACCGGGGCCCCGAGAUCCUCGCUGUCUGCGGAGCCCUGGUGGGACUCGCCCUCGUCGUGGUGAUGUUGCGAGUAUACGUGAGGGCAAGGAUGGUUCGACAUCUUGGUAUCGACGACUACACCAUCAUCGCCGCCAUGGUAGUCAUGUUCGUCGAGAUGAUGAUUAUUAUUCCACAAGUCAACCUCGGCGGUGGUCGCCAUGUGCAGUACAUCAAGCCGGAGGAGAACGUUAUCAAGGGGUUGCACCUCAACUUCGUCACCCAGCCGCUUUGCCUCAUCGCCCUCUGCCUGACGAAAAUAAGCGUCGGCUUCUUCCUGCUACGUCUGACGCCCUCUCCACGGUUCCGGUGGAUUGUCAUUGGCACCAUGAUCUUCACCGUCCUUUCGGCUAGCGGGAACUUUUUGACUGUUUUCUUCCAAUGCCGACCCCUAGCCCUGACUUGGGACCCGUCCGUCGAAGGAACGUGCAUACCACCGUCCAACCUCAAAUUCGCCGCCUUCUUCAACUCUAGCGUUGCGGUGUUGACCGAUAUUCUCUUCGCCCUCCUGCCGGUCCCCAUUCUCUGGAACGUACAGAUGAACUGGAAGGUCAAGUCGGCGGUGGCGGCUAUCCUGUCCCUAGGCAUCUUCGCCGCCGUGGCCGCAAUCGUCAAGAUCACCUUCCUCGGCUCGUACGGCCAGCACGGCGAUUUCCUCUGGGACAGCGCCGACAUCACCAUCUGG